AUGAGCGGGCAGUUCGGUGAGACCGACGAAUCUGACCCAAAAGCGGUUGAUCGUUUUUAUGGCGAAAUCGAGCGCUUUAUCGAAAUCAAGAGGCAGGACUAUCUCUUCGAGGGGAGCAUGCUCCCAAAUGAGGGCGACGAUCUGCUUCUCUUUACAAAAACUUAUCGCAAGGUGACCUCGUUGAAGGCACAGUCCGGUUAUAGCGCAGUUUCGUUAGAGGAUUCUCUAGGCAAAAUCAUGGACGGAAUUAACAAACUUGCGAAGGACGUAGAUGAGUUUGAGAACAUACCGGCUCCUUCUAAAAUCGGCCAAAGAAAUUCACAUGAAGAUAUUGUGUCGGGGAGUUCGGCUACAAUCGCCAAGCCUGUAGUUGAUGAACGAGGAGCGAACAAUGAGCGUGACCCUGAGUUCCAAGACUCUCAGCAAAGCGAGAAAGCUUUCGAAGAUGAUUUCCCAAGUCAAGAUGGACCAUCCUCGCCUUCCAGAAACAUAGGUUUCCGAGAAAGCGUCGGAGCAAGACUUUCCGAAAUAGAGGAUGCAUCGCAACAAAGUGCUGCUUCUCAAAAUAGCUUCCACAGCCAGCAGCCAUCUACCUCAGCCCAAGCGAUUGCUUCGUUGUCGCUCUGUAACGAUGAGUCCACCGAUCAGAAAAAAGACAAAGCCAAGGACGCAGAGGAUCAAUUGUCUGAUUUCUCUGACGAUUUCGAGUUGUGGCAGGGGAAAUCUUCUCGAUCUCCCAAUCCAGAUAUUGUCAAAACUGAGCCAGAUACUAUCACAGUUGACUCACAGGCAUCAACUCAGUUCAACCAGCAUCAACCAGUUGAUCCUAAUGCUCCAAUAAUUAUCGACUCAGACGAUGAUGAUGGAUACGUCCCUCCAGUACGCCAUAACAAUGAUGACGAUUUUGAUCUUCAAAUAAUCGACGAUAGCGAUGGAGGAAGCGCGCCGAAGAAGAGAAAAAGUCCCCCAAAAACUCCAAGAGAAGCACAAGCCCUUUCAGACGAGGACGAAGAUUUUCUUAGAAUUCUCGAAUUAUCGAAAAUAACGGCUGCGGAAGAUGAGCGACGUCGCUCAACCCAGAGUCGAGUUACUGCCUCAUCACAGAAUUCAACCCAGAGUCUGCCCAGCACAGGAAAGAAAAGAACGAAGACGAAAAAUUUCAAGAGAACAGUGAUCGAGAGCUCGGAAGAUAGCGAGGACGAGGGACCUCGCCGAAAGUCGACUGGGAAGAGAAAGCGGAGUGCUCUUAGCUCAGACGACGAAUCGCAGGGCGGCGAGGAAAACCGCGGCUCAGAUUCUGGCAGCUCACUUGGAAGAAUGCUGGAGGAUCUCAACAGCGACGACGAGAAUGAAAGGCGAACGAAGAAGAAGCCAUCGCCGAAAAAGAAAGCGAGGGUAGAUAGCAAGAAAAAGAACACCUUCGUGGAGAGUCAGACUGCUGCCGACGAAAUUGAUGACGAAGAAGAUGAAUUUGACAGUGAGAUGGACGAUUUUAUCGAUGACUCGGAAUUGCCGGGUACCCAAUCGACUGUUGGAGAUUAUGUCAGUGACGAAGAUAUGCCGAGUACAUCUGCUCGUUCUUCAAAGGCAUACUCAAAUUCCGACAAUAAAACUCAUGUAGCCGAGCGAAAACAAGAUAGAAAACCGAGAGAAUCUACUCUGAAGAAAGAUCCGCCAAAGAAGCAGAAAGAAAAUCCUCUGAAGAAGAAACAUACUCCUUUGAAGAAGAAAGAACAAGACGGUGAUCAGCCGUCAACCUCUCGAGAACACAAAAUGCCAGUUCGCGGUACCAACCUGGAUGAAACGUUCGAUCCAGCUGAGCCAGAUUCAGGAAGCAAUCCGGAUCCGUUUUGUAAAGGCCAUCGAGAGGAGGAUUUAACAUUAGCUGGUACUGUUGAAGCAAGAAUGGAGUUGCACCGGAUCUUCGGCUAUGACUACUUUCGACCGAGUCAAUGGAAGCUGAUCGAAGGUGUCUGUAGAGGCCAGGAUCAGCUUGGCAUCAUGGCAACUGGCUACGGGAAGAGUAUUUGCUUUCAAAUGCCAAGUAUUCUUCUGAAGAAGUUAGUUCUCUGUAUUUCGCCGCUCGUCUCGUUGAUGAAAGAUCAAACUAUGAAGCUGGAAUCCAUCGGAGUACGUGCUGGUUUCUUUGGGAGUGGCGCAACGGCUGCCGAUAAACGAAAAACGGAAAUGCUUAUUGAUUCACAACAACUUCGCGUUUUAUAUGUGACUCCGGAGUACUGCAUAAACAAUAUGCAGCGUAUUAUCGACAUCCACCGCAGACAUCCAAUUUGCUGCUUCGCCAUCGACGAAUGUCACUGCGUCUCGUCAUGGGGUCACGAUUUCCGACUAGUCUAUCGUGACCUCUACAGACUCCGUGAAAUCGACCGCAGUAUCCCCUAUCUAGCGAUGACGGCCACCGCGACACCAAGAAUCCGUGAUGACAUUAUAAAAAAUUUGCGCCUGAUAAAUCCUCAACGAGUUGUCACAUCAUUCGAUCGAUCCAACAUAACUUUCUUCGUUCGACGAAAGACUGAUGAAGACAACAUCAUUCCAGACCUAAUGGCUACGGGUUGCUUAAUCUCAGCAAGAACAGACCGAUAUGGUGGCGUUUCAAUCCACGACCCUAGCUCUAAGAAUCUCCAGUUCGCUGCAUGCACGAUCAUUUACGUGCGAAGAGUAGAUCUCGUAGAUAUGUUGUGCAAAGAGAUUGGACGAUACGUUGGCUAUCAUAGAAUCGGGGGUUAUCAUGCGCGCCUUUCCGAGAAAAGAAAACGGGAGACGCAUGAAGGGUUCCUUAAUGGUAGCAUUCAUUGCGUUGUUGCCACGAUAGCCUUCGGUAUGGGAGUAGAUAAGCCAAAUGUCCGAUACGUUAUUCACAAUGAGCCACCGGGACAACCAGAAGCAUACUAUCAGGAGGUCGGACGUGCUGGUCGUGAUGGAAAACAAAGUGAAGCGCAUCUCUUAGUUGGCAGAAGAGGCAUCUCGAGUAUGUUUUACCACGCUUCGCAAGAAACGGUUCCAGAACGAGCCGAACUUGCACGCUCAAAUGCUCGAAAAAUGAAACAGUACAUUGAAACGAAUGAAUGCCGACGAAUGCCCCUGCUCCUUCAUUUCGACGCUGAGGCGAAAUCUAUGGUACAAGGAACAGCAGACUGCUGUGACAACUGCAGAGGUGGCAAUGCUCCGAACUUUUUCGCUCCUAAAGAAGAAGCGAAUUUCGCUUCAGACUCCGCUAUCGUCUUUGAUGCCAUCGAUGAUUUCAGUGAUCCACAAGCUCGAACCAUGCUUGUUCUUCAUUUGAAGGGUUCAAAGGCGAAGGAACUGAAAGUUGAGAUGCAUUCAAGGCCUGCCUACGGCAAAGGAAAAGGAAAGAGCUCUGAUUACUGGAAGGAGCUCAUAAAUGGACUCGUCGCUGGAGACUACUUGACUGAGAGCACGGUUUUUAAUAGUAUGGGUUAUUCGGCUGCAAAGCUGAAGAUCGCGCCAAAAGCCCGCUCGUGGUACGCGAAGUACAAGAAAGACCGCCUUGGAGUAGAGCUCCUUCUACCGCAAACUGAGAAGCUUGUUGGAGUUAGAUCUGUGAACGCGCCUGGUCCCUCUAAACCUCAACCGGUCGAAGCCGCAAAGAAGGAGGAGCUUCCGGAAAUGUGCGUCGCUGGUCUUGAUCACAAGUGGCUUGAACGCUUCAUGAAGGGUCCUUGGCAAGAACCAGAGCCAGUCGUUAUUAAAGACACAAAAGAGGAAAAGAAUAAAUGUAAAAUACUUUUCAAUGCCAUUUUGGCACUGAAUAAAAAACGAGGACUCCAAAUGGCUUUGAAGCAAACCCAUCUUCAUGAACUAUGCUUAAAACGACCGUCAAGUGUAGAGAGUUGCGCAGAGGUGCCAAACUUUACCCGAAUCCUGGCUGACUCAGUUCCUGAAAUACUAGCUAAGAUCAAAGAAUUCUGCGAGGAGCACACUCUGCGCAUGGAUACUCAUAGGCGAUCGAUGAGUGCCGCCCAGAAAAAAGCGAAUGAGUUUCCCGAGCUUGAAGAUAAGCAAAAGCCACUUGAAGGUCAUGAUAGAGAUGUAUCGGACUAUCUCAAGGUCGGCAUGACGCUGGCAGACAUUCAAAGGGACCUUGGAAUGUCAGACGCGGUGCUCGCGAAAAAACUUUGCACGAUCGUAGACAGAGGAUAUCCAGUGGAUGCGGCCAAGUUCCAGAUCACGAUCGAUGAUGUCAAAAAGCUGGAAAAACUAAUUAGAGAUAAUGGAAACGUUAUUCCGUCUUCUUCUAAAAUCAGCAAAUCGUUUCCGAACAUCAACAUCCACUUCAUUCCAUUGCUGAUGACGUUUAUGAAACUUCGCUUUGGACUUUGUUCCAUUUUCCCUCAAGACACGCAAGACUACCAAAACAGACGGAGCCAAGCAAUACGGGCUCACACUGCCGCUUCAAAUCGCCCAGGACUCACGAAUUACAAUUCGACAAUACCCCCUGCAUUGCCCAAAUUUUCUCCGAUGAAGAAGCCGAAAAAAACCUACAGGAAAAAAGCUUCAGCUAGAGGACGAAGAAAAUUUCGAAAAGUUCAAAAGAAAUAUUAA